GUCCAGUAACAUCUCUCAAACCUAGAUAUUUACAAUUUAAAGAAGCACAGUCUAGAAUAAUUUUCAGUGAUAGUACUUAGUCUUCUUGUUUGUUUGUUUUAUUUUUGUUUGCUGUUUUUUUUAAUAGCUCAGUAACUUCACAGCUUUUGUGACUGAGAGUUCUUUUCUUUAUAGAUGAGAUCGUUGCUACUUUGGGUGAAGGUGCUUUUGGAAAGGUAGUGGAAUGCAUCGAUCACAAAGCGGAAGGCAGACAUGUUGCUGUGAAAAUAGUAAAAAAUGUUGAUAGGUACUCUGAAGCAGCUCAUGCAGAAAUACAAGUACUGGAACAUUUAAACGCGUCGGAUCCCAGCAGCACAUAUCGCUGUGUCCAAAUGUUCGAAUGGUUUGAGUACCAUGGACAUGUCUGCAUUGUUUUUGAGCUACUGGGGCUCAGCACCUAUGACUUCAUUAAAGAGAAUGGCUUUCUGCCAUUUAGGCUGGACCAUAUUAGACAGAUGGCAUAUCAGAUCUGCCAAUCUGUUAACUUUUUGCAUUUGAACAAGUUGACACAUACAGAUCUGAAACCAGAAAAUAUUGUAUUUGUGACGUCUGACUAUGUAGAAGAAUAUAAUCCCAAACUGAAAUGCGAUGAACGCACACUAAAAAAUCCAGACAUCAAAGUUGUGGACUUUGGGAGCGCAACAUAUGAUGAUGAGUAUCAUAGCACUUUGGUGUCUACAAGACAUUACAGAGCUCCUGAAGUUAUCCUAGCACUCGGGUGGUCACAACCAUGUGAUGUCUGGAGCAUAGGAUGUAUUCUCAUAGAGUACUACCUUGGAUUCACAGUAUUUCCGACCCAUGACAGCAAAGAACAUCUGGCAAUGAUGGAGCGAAUACUGGGACCUUUGCCAAAUCACAUGAUAAAGAAAACCAGGAAACGCAAAUAUUUCCGUCAUGACCAGCUGGAUUGGGAUGAACACAGUUCUGCUGGUAGAUACGUCUCAAGGCGCUGUAAGCCACUGAAGGAAUUCAUGACCUGCCACAAUCCUGACCACGAGAACCUCUUUGACCUCAUUCAAAAGAUGUUAGAGUAUGACCCAGCCAAGCGCAUUACUCUUGAAGAAGCACUGAAACAUCCUUUCUUCUUCCCACUGAAACGGGAAAAAAGGGCGCUGUCUCCUAUAGCUGAGCAGGCUGACCCAGAUGUCAGUCCACCAAAGAAACAUAAGAGAUGUUAAAUAUUUAUUGUGUACAGUUAUUUUGUAAAUGCCCUAUUUUGUAUUACGACUUUUUGGGAUACUGAAGUUUCAUCCAGCUGCUGGCAUAAAACUUAUUUAAGA